UAUUUUGCAUGCACUGGUGAACAUUUGGUGAAAAUUGGACUGAUAUUGAGCGUGCAGUAGCGAUUUUCAGCAAAACUCCAAAAAGGGUGUGGCUGCCAACCUCAGAGUGGCAGAAAUUGUGAGUUGUAUUUUACAAAGUCGUGAGAUUUUGUGAAAAACCGUGAGAUUUUAGAAACCUCCAAGGUUGUCUUAUUAUGGAUUAAAUGUAUCAAAAAGUCAGUUCUCUAUUUAGCUAGUCGAAUUUUAAUAGUCGAAAUAUGUCUCUUCUGAACAUACUCCUCGUAUGUACUGUGUUUAAUAUUGGAAAUCUUGGAACAAAAUUCAGUUUCAUGAUCAUUUCAUUGGAAAUUGAGCACGAUGUUUCUACAAAAUAAGUGAAAACAAGAGUUGUAUUACUUACUAUAUAUGGCUAUAAAUACACUUUAAUUAAACAUUUCCUCAAAAAUUGUGAGAUUUAAAGACAUUGUCGUGAGACCGUGAGAAAGCAUAAAAAAUUGUGAGUCUCACGACAAAACCGUGAGAGUUGGCAGGUCUGAAAUAGCAAAAGGUCUUAAAAUAAAGGGGGUAAAUAAUAUAUGAAGUAGGUACAGUAAUUAAAUAGUAAAUAUUUUCACUGAAUUUUGCAGAAAAGAUCAAAAUGCUAAGAAGAGUACAACAGCUGAUAAAGAUGCUGCUAAGAAAGAUACAAAACAAGAAGGCAAGGAAACCAAAGUGAAGCCACAAGCCAAAGGUUUGUGCAUAUUCAUAUUUUACAUGUGAAUAUGACACAGAUUUACUUGGUUAGCUUAUUAAUUUAAUGUCCACGAUUCUCCCUUAACUAACCCUUGAUGAGUAAAAUCACCUGGCAUUAGACAGAGUAAAAUAUUAAAGUAGGUAGGGUACAAUGCAACUUAUGGGUUAACUGAGUGCCAGCAUGCACUCUCCCCUUGAUGAGUAAAAUUGUCCAGCAUUAAGAUUAAGGUUCUACUUUGAAGAUAUAAAUUCCUUGUAGAUGUUUUGGUUGGGAACUUCCAGUUAAGAACUUUAUGGUGAAUCUUAAAAAUUGAAGAAAUACUUUCACAGCCUGUUAUUAAACCUAAAUAACACCUUAAUUAGUUUGACAAAACCUUCAAUAAAAUAACUUCAUACCCUAAUGUUUUUGAAGUGUUUGCCACUUACAUGGCAUGUUGAAUUAUGUAUAAUUAAAUUUUUAAGGUGCUGAAGGCAAAGACAAGAAACAAGAUACUCCUCCAAGUGAAACAAAGAUUUCAACAAAUGCCGCUGGUGAAGAAAUUGAAGAGUUGAUGAAAACUAAUUAUGAUGGCAAGCGUUAUUGGUGCACACUUUGUAAGGUUGUUUGCCUCAAAUCAAAGGUAAGCCUGCAAUAUUAGACUUAGUUGAUAUUGUAUAUCGUAAAUAGCUUAAUGUAUUGUUUUUUUUUUACCUCCUUUUUACAUGCCCCCUGUUGAAACCAGCUUCAGUUGACAGGGUUAGCCUGGGUAAAUAAAGUUUUUUAUCUAUCUAUGCGUUAGACUCUGAGCGGUCCCUCCUUUCCACAGGUUUAACUUCCUGGGCGUGGAAUGAGAAAGGAGGGACUGCCGACAACGCAUCAAAGCUGACAACACAUCAAGAAACAAAAUACAGUAUGCCCACUUUUUGCUCUUGCCAAGUAGGCUCCCCUUUGAAUAAACAUUGCUUAUCUCUAAUUAAAUAUAUCCAAUAGGAACCGUUAAUUUAAAUUAAGCCAGUCAUAUUUAUUUAUAAAAGCAAUAUUAGACUGGAAAUUAUUUAUAGCAUAAUUACUGCAUAUCAAAUUUGAUUGACUGGCCCAUCGAUUUUGACCAAUUGGGAUUUUGCGUUGUGUGAACAACGCGUAUUUCAUUUCUUGAUGUGUUUUUGGCAGUUUCUCCUGAGGGAGUGCUUGUGGUCUAUCCACGUGUAUACUGUAGGAAAAACUCUCAUCAAAAUUUGAACCAGUUCAAAAUUAAUGAGAGUCAAUGAGAGUUGGUGGUCAAACAUGAGUAAGUCUUUCAAUUCUCAUCAGCUCUAAUCCCUGUUUGGCCAGGGAAGUUUGGACGGAGAUUUUCAGACAUAUUAGCCAUUCCGAAGUUGAUGAGUGGACUGGGGACGAGUGUUAAAAAGUGCCCAAACUAAGAAAUGAACCAAAUCGUUAAAAAGACCACCUCAAAAUUAGUAAGUAUACAAAGUUUGAAGACGUUUACAUGAAUAUCUAUCGAAUAAUAAGCUUUCGAAAAUUGUGAUAUUUACUAUGAAAUGUAUUGUAAUUUUUGUUUUUGGGACGCGCGUCUCAAAAACAAUCUUUUAAUCAGUAAUUUCACGAUUUUCGAAAGCUUAUUAUUCGAAGGGUAUUCAUGUAAACGUCUUCAAACUUUGUAUACUUAUUAAUUUUGAGGUGGUCUUUUUAGUGAUUUGGUUCAUUUCUUAAUUUGGGCACUUUUUAACACUCGUCCCCAGUCCUCUCAUCAUCUUCGGAAUGGCUAAUUACUUGUCAUUGCUCAAGUUCAACUGGAUGGGUUGAUCUGUUUGUGUUACAGGGGCAUGAUGGCAAUGUUGUGUGUGUCUGUUGACUUAUAAUAUUUUUGUUUUGUUUUAGAACAUCAAUAAGCAUUUCUUGAGCGAACGUCACGUAAAAGCGACCGUUGAGAAACAAGGCAAAGUUUUUGAUCCUGAAAUUAUGAAGGUAAUUUUAUCUGAAUAUGAUGAUACAGAUACAGUACAUACAAGUUUUAUAUUUGACUCACACAGGAAAUUUUUAUUUUUGUAUUUUGUUACCAGGAAGAGAAAUAUAUAUUUUCUAGACUACUGCACUUCUCCUAGAUUAUUUUCCAAACUGGUCUUGGUUGAAUUCAAACCCACAUAUUUUUCACUAUGCUGUUUGUUUUAGCAACAAGAACCAAAGAAAGAAAAGCCCCAAACAAAAGACAUCAGCGAGGUUCUGAAGUAUGUUUGUAGCACAAAGCAAACAGCAAAAAAAGAAAAUAAUGAUAUCUAUAUUUCAUCCUUGACCGACUGCACUGUCAAGAUUACAGAUUUUACAACUGAACAAGAUUUUAUGGGUAAGUAGAUUUUUAUUUUUCAAGACAGUAUUUAAUCCAUUUGCUCUUCCCUUGACAAGUGAACUCGUCUGGCAUUCAACACAGUAACAUAAUAAAUAGGGCACAAUCCAACUUAAUGGGUUAAACUGUUUAGAUAAAUUUUCACUUGUUUGUGAUUCUACAUACACUGUAUAUCAAUCUUGAGUACUGUACUCUGUAGUUCUUGUCCUGUGUUUUUAUGCUUCAUAGACAAGAUUUUUGGUCUCAAUUCACAACUUUGAAUAACAACUGAAACCUUUCUUGAUACUAUUAUUGUUCUAGCUUAUGGAAGCAUAGAUAAGAACGAAAGUAACUAAGCAUUUGAAUUGUUUAUGCAUGCACAACUCGAUGUAUAAUUAUAAUUCUAUAGAACAGUAACCUGGCAUGCAAGUUAUUUGAAGUCUUGAAUAGUCAAUUCCCAUUAUAGACUAAUUUUAAAACCAGGCAAGGAGAUGCAAAUAAAUCACCACAGCUAGAAAGAGCAUACUAAAAUGAGCCGUAAAAUUGCACAGUUUGGUUGCGGAAUGUUGUAAAAUGAAGAAAAUAUAGCCGUGUAAAGUUCGCAAAUUUUGUUAUACUUUUGUAUUGUGUGCGGAAAUUGCUACCACAUUUGGGCCGAAAACUAUAACUUUCACUGUUUCUUCUACUAGGUUCUGAGUUUGUGAAGGCAGUUUCUGGUUUCAAAUGUCAAUUAUGUAAGAUCUUCAUGCGCCAUGGUCACCAAAUUAUUGAACAUCUCAAGGGAAAAAAGCAUUAUACUAAUUAUAAAGUAAGUCAGCGGUUCAGAGAUUGACUUGAUAAUAAUAAUAAAAAAUAAUACUAACAUUUAUAAUAGCGCCUUCACCAACAAUGUUUUAAGUGCUUUACAACUGAAUCUUAAACGGUACCUACAGUAAAAUCUCUAAGUUAAUAUUAAUUUCCUACUAAAAUGAUCAAUCAGAUUGAGUAUAAGAUUCAGUCAAGUUUAAACGCAAGUUUAAAAAGAUGGGUUUUCAAUUUAGAUUUAAAAAUAUCCAGGUUGGAGCAUGUCCUUAGCUCAUGUGGUAAAACUGUUCCAAAGCAUUGAUGCAGCAAUAGACCUUUCCCCUUUUGAGUAACAUUUUGAUCUAGACAAGUCUGGCCAAAAAUUUCAUCACAGCUUGAAAGAGCAUCACAAAAUUAGUAAUAUUCCGAAGUUUCGUUGCGAAAUGUUGUAAAAUGCGGAUAAUAUAGCCUUGCGAAGUUUGCCGUUUUUCAGUCAUUUGGUAUUACAAACGGGAAAUUGAUAAUCAGAUGAUCUAACUGAUGCAAAAUGUUAGAUUGUAAUGCAAAAUGACUGAAAAACAGCAAACUUCGCAAGGCUAUAUUAUCCGCAUUUUACAACAUUUCACAACGAAACUUUGGAAUAUAACUAAUUUUGUGAUGCUCUUUCGAGCUGUGAUGAAAUUGUUGCCCAAGCAUAUCUAGAUCAAAAUUUCACUCAUAAGGGGAAAGGUCUAUUGAUCACUGUCACUGAGAGAUAUCGGUAGUAGAAGUUGAAUCUGAACAUCUCUAUUAUAACCCUCAUUGAUGGAACAUAUUUGUGAUAUUAUGCAAAAAGCGUAUUAAAUAGAUCACUGCUGUUUUGUCCAACCACAGAAAUACUUGAAAGAAAACCCGGAUUACUUGGACAACCAACGUGUUGUGAACAAAAACUUGGUGGACAUGUUGAAGAAAGAUGAAGGAAAAGAAGUUGUCUUACAAGAAAAUAAUGGCAAUACCUACAAAGCUGGUGACGCUGAUCUAAAUAGUACGCUGGAGGAAAAGGUUAGUCUGAAGAGAUUUUCAGGUUUCGGUGACGCAAUCGUUGGCAAGUGCCUUUCACCUCGGAGAUGUGGGUUCAGUUCCCGCUGCAGACUUGUGACACUUGUGUAAAGUGUUAGUCAGCACUACCGAACGUCGUGGGUACUCCAGUUGGGUAUUCUCCGGUUGGGAUUACCCCCUAACUGACCAUUCCACCAUUUCUGUGCUUCGUGAUCUGACAUGAGUUAUAAGGUGGCCGUCAGAGUCGCCCUUAGAAAGCCUUCAUUGUGUUCAUAGUCGAGACUAGCCAUCGCUGCUAGGGGAGAGCUAACUUGACGUAAGGUAGACAUUUUUGCUGAUUUCAAAUUUCAAUUUAACCUACUGUAAUAUUGGUACUGCGGUGUGACUUGAAGAAUAGAAUGAAGAAAAUCAAACGUUUAAUUGCUAAACAUUUAACAAACCUAAACAGUUUUCCAACUAACCCGACUCAUAUAAACACUCUAAAGAUGAGUGUGUUCGUAUGAGUCAGGCUGACUGACUCUUCUCACGUUGGUAGUGAGUUUGGAAAUACAACGGCAACGUCAUCAACAAUAUAUGUUUUACUAUAAGACAAAAGCGACUGUAAAUUUUAUUCUCUUAAGCAUUCUAAUACGCCGUAAUUAUUGAAACUGCUACGUUAUUGACAUCAUUUUCAUGCCUCAUAACCACGCCAACGCUUAAAACGUUCAAAGUGGUGUGGGAUGUUUUAUGUGAAUCCAUACUUAUGGGUUGUUUCUAAAGAAAUAUAAGCACUGUACUUUUAGAGACGAAUAAAGUUUAGUAAUGUUCGCUUUGGCACACGUACACAAAGUAAUUUUGUUUUCUGUCGAUGUCGGCUACCAAACUCUUUAUUGUAAAGCAGAGUACGCCCGUUUGCAGGUUGGAAAUUGAAAUUCGACGUCCAAUUUUUUCCCGCCCGCGUAUUAACUCCCUAAUUUUUUCCGCCCGCUGAAACGCAAGAAAGGCACUUGCGCCACUGAAUCCCAAUAUGACUACAUGUAUAUGUGAAUUCAUGUGAUUCAUUUUGUUUCUCAGGGUGAAGAGGCAGAUUUCAGCAUGGAUGAGUAUGAUCCGAAUGAGGACUCCAAAGUAGAUGACGACGAUUCCAAGAUGGCGGAUGAGUCGUCCUUCAACGACUCUGCGAUCAAUGAUUCCAUUCAAGACCAUUCACUCGUGGAGAGCGAGAAGGAAACAGAGGAAAAUAAGACGGAAGAAACUGAAGAAAAGACUGAGGCGAAGGAAAUUGAAGAAGAAAAUGAUGUUGAAAAAAAGGAAAUCGAGAAGGAGGAAGUUGAGAAGGAGGAAGUUGAAAAGGAAGAAGCUGAAAAGGAAGAAGUUGAAAAGGAAGAAGCGGAAGUGGAAAAGGAAGAUUUGGGGGCAGUAUCUGAGGCAAAAGACAAGGAAUUUUCUAUGGAGGCGGAUGAGGAAGAGGAGGAAGUAAGUUAUUGAGCAAAUUAGCCAUCAAUGUUGUUUCAUUUUGAUUUCCUGAUCUAUUAUAUUUUAAUGUCUCGGUGUUGUGGUUUUCGUUUAAUAAAUCUUUAGUAAUAGUUUGCCCCAAGAGCGAUAAUUGCUCAUCUAGGGGGCUCACUAUUACCAAAUUUACAUAAAUGGACACACAAGUUGUUUACAAUAAUAAUUAGCAUAUUAUGUAAGUUCAGUUUGUUAUAAUUAAGGCAAGCAAUUUUGAGGUUCAACGUGGGUAAAUCGACCAGUUUCCCAAAAUAAAACUUUGAGCAUUAUAUAAAAUAUCAAUAAUUUAUUCUUUGGAGAGUUUUGAAGAAUAGUUGUGAAGAAGAGUUUUGGUUAAAUAUUUUCUUCUUCUGAGAGUUGUGUUUUUGAACUUAGGUGUUCAAAUUUUUUGCCACAGCAGUCAAGCGAUUUUAGGGACACUCGGCGUAACAUCGGCAAACAAGACAAGACAUUUCCUGAAUUUGCUGCCGUUUGUUUGCUGAAAACUACUUAUUUACAACAGAUUUCCUUGUCCGCCUCGAUCAGCCUAUUGUUUCGUAUGCUCUCACGUGAGCAAAUUCGGAAAGUAUCUAUAGAGUCUGAGACUCCGUAACAAAAAUGAUCAGACAAUCCAAAUGGUCCGACAAUCGUCGAUGUACUCUGAACACACAUUGUCGCUGACUCAGAGCAGCUAGUUAUAAACUUGGACUCCAGAUCAAAGGUUAAUUAGGCCCAAUCCUUGUAGUAUUGUGCAAACUCCGGGUUUUUUACCUUUGGCUCCGGUGUUUUAUCUACACAAUAUGGUUUACAUUUGAAAUAUUUCUUUAGUUCCCGCUUCUUCAGCCACCAACAAACCCAAUUAAAGAAGACGAGACAAUUGAACCGGAAGUCAAGGCGAACCCCGAAGUGGAGGCGAAAAUUCCCGAAGUGGAUACGGAACCAAAAGAAUCUGAAACUCCAAGUGAGCCUGCAGCCGAACCGGAAGAAGCCGAAGAAGUAACACCAAGUCGGCGUGGACGAAAGUCAAAGCGCGGACGAGGAGGCACGAAAGCCAGGGGUGGAAGACGCACGACCCCUCGCGCAGCCAAGAAUGCGAAGAAGAUUGAGAAGGUGGUUGAACCAGAGGAAGAGGUUGUUGAUGCUCCCAUGGAAACGGAAAAAGAGCAGGAAAAAGAAGGCGAGCCGGUAGUCCCACUCGCGCAAGUUGGUACAGAUUCUGCGGAAGAGUUGCCCUCCUCGCAGGAGACGGAAGAAAUUGUGUCACCACAGAAAAGCACUGGCAAUGGGGUGGAUGUUGAUGGUUUUGAAGUGAUCGAUGAGGUCGAAGGUGGAUCAGGCGAUGACUCCGAAGACGACGAUUAAACAAUCAUUAUUAACUUUUUUUCAUUAUUUUUAUCGACAGGAUUUAGAUGUAAACUCUUAGUUGAAGUGGACUCUGUCACGUUCAGAACGUGUGGAGGAAAUUUAAAGACGUCGACGAAAGGCCGAAGAUUGAUUUGUAAACUUUUAGUUACAGUUUUAUUAGAACGUAGUCUUACAGUACAUUUUGAUUUGUUCAUGUAGGAUGAUUGUAAAAGAAUGAAUGUUUCCCUAGCCUACCAUUUCCCGACGGUAACUCGAUUCCAUGCCAGUGUUGUCACGAAGGAAUCGAGUUGGGGGCGAGCAACGAAAUUUUGUCAAAACGUACAAAUUCGAGAAUAGGUUGUACAAGCUCACUACUUUGCUUCCAUAGUUUUGUAUUUAGAUUUUAUACUCCCAGUUCAAGGAACGACUUCAAAACCUCUUAAAAUAUUUAUUUUAAAAAUUUCGUUUUGAUUUCUAAAACUGUUAUUGUUCGAGAACACUCUGAUAUUGUAAUGUCUAUGUUUAAGAUUGAUUUCGAGAUAUUUACGGGCGGCAACCAUUUUUCGAAUCGACGUGUUGGUUUUGGCUUAAAACGUGUUAUUUCACAUACUAAGCGUCACUGUGACCCUUUAAGCCCAUAAGAUAAGCAUCUUUUGUAAUGAUGUUAGCAAUCAAAAUAAUAAGUAAAUCCAUAUUUCAUCUCGCCUUAGAUUAGUAUUACGUUGAAACUUAUUCUUAAUUUUAGUUUGUUGUGCAGAUCAAUGAGAUCAUAGUCAUAUGUGUAGAUUUUUAUUGUGCAAAUCUUUAAAUAAAAUUGUGAUAAGAUAUUUGUAGUGUUAUUAAAAAUACUUCUAUGGCGGUCAAUAGUUACUGUAUUAAUUGAUUGCGAACACCAUAAAAAGUAAAUCCGGUAGUCUUUCGCCUGUUUUCUAAAACGAAGUGACUAUAUGACCGGCAGCCGGUCACGGUUUAUCAAAUACUAAAUGGCCGGCAGUCUAGUGACUAUAGUUGAAUAUAAAAACUUUUGUUUGCGUUAAUUUAACUUUUACCGAGCUUGCCGUUAGCUCAUACGGCAAGGACGCUGCGUGCGGAAAGUUAAGCGCAGUCGGGGUCGCGAUGUGUUUUGUCUGACUUAGCAUUGUUUUUUCUUAAAAUUUUUUAAACUUUUUUUCCGACUUUUCUAACUCUCAAAAGGUUAGGGUUAGGGGUUAGGGUUAGAAAAGGGUUUGGGGUUGGGGAUAGGUUUAUCUUAUAAAAAUUAAACUUUAACAAUAGUCACUAGACUGCCGGCCAUUUAGUAUUUUAUAAACCGUGACCGGCUGCCGGUCAUAUAGUCACUUCGUUUCUAAAAACUCCCUCACACUCAAAGAGUGGAGGUUCAAUCUGAGCUUCCCUUGAGUAUCAAUUAAAGUUCAUCCCGGAAAGUAGGCCCUUUUAUAGCGAAAGAUUUGAUGCGGGAGGCUUCCUUGUGAUUAAAUUUCUGUGGUAGACUAUAAAAGUUAUUAAAACAUGCAUUAGUCACAAGUCGUUCAUCAACCAUAGUCGA